AGAAAUUUCCAUUCUUUUGGGCUGAAAAACAAUGGAAGUAAAUCGGAACACUACCUUUACUUUUGAAUGUUGAUCUAAUUUACAGCUCCGUUUUUUUGUUUUGCUUUUGGUUUUUUCAACGAGUUCUGCCUAUUUAUACGAAGUAUUUCGAUCUUUUGCUUCAUAACUGUUGUUAUAAGAGUUGGAAAAUUUCCUAUUUAUACGAAGCAGUUCUUUUUUCGCUGCAUUGUGUAAUUCUAGGACGUGAUUGUGCGUUUCUUGCUCUGUUUUUAUGUGUACGUGGUUGCCGAUUUGGUAGGGGAGGCGGUUUGCGACGAAUUGGAGGAAGUGAUUGCUGCGACGAGCUAAGGCCUUAAAGUUCGUUGUUUCGAAUGUUGUUGAGUCGUUCUUUAUUGGCUUCGAGUUUAAUGUGUGAUUCCGGUCUUUUUAGUUUCAUGUGUAUGUUUGUUUGAUUUAUUUAUUAACUUUGCCAUCUUCGGUAGUUUGAAAGAUUUCCUGCACGUACGUGUGACUAUGGUGAACUGGUGAUCGAAUAUGUAUGCUGCAGAGUCUUGUCUUCUUUAUUGAAUCUGGGUUAUAUGAGUCAUAGCUCACUCUGGAUUCUUGCCGUCUGAGUUUGAAGCUAAAAGUUGUGCACACGAUCUGGUUAAACCGAUUUUUCCUGUACUAUGUUCUUUGCCAUCCAAUUAUCUAGAAAUGUUUUAGGUUUUAUAUGAAUAUGUUGUGUUCUUUCCAUUAAUAUAUUGGAUUCAGCUCCUAUCAAAGAACUUCAACUCAAACAUGCGGUGCAUUACCAUGUCUAAUUCUGUACACCUGAUUGAGGUUGGUCUGAAACUUCAGAACACAUAGCAUACUAACUCGUAUCUUAGGUUAGAAGCUACUACUUUUUUACUUGGGUGUAAAUUGCAGCAUUGAUUUUCCAGCCUCAUGGUAGAUAGAUAGUUUGAAUAGCAGUGAUGAACUUCUAUACAUGUUAAGAACUAACUUGAGGCAGAUCACUGGAUGUGACGAUAUGAAAUAUUCCUCAAGAAAUAUUCCUACUGAUUGCUCUUGCGAAGGUGCUGCCAUAUCUUGAGAUCAUAAAGAAAUCAUGCAGAAUGCGAGACUACAGUAGAUCUCAAAAUUUGGGACAAGUAUUGGAAUUUGGAACCCAUCCUUGCAAUCCUCAAGCUUUGACAAUUUGCUGAUGACCUUUGUCACCUGCUUGAUUUUUGCUGAUGACCUAGUUUGGCAUCUCAUUUGAUGUCCUCUUUAAAUAGUUCAGAUUUUUAGGAUCAAGUUUGUGCAAUGGUUGUUAUGUACUUGAAGCUUGCAAGUUCCAUAGCUCCAAAGCUCUGUAUUUGUUGAUUGGUUUGGUUGUAGAUCCACUUGGUGUGAUGGGUCUUGUUCUUUGAGAUUUAAGAGUGGAGCUGUUCAAGCUUAGUGGGAUAUAUUGUGUUGGAGGUUGUUACUGCAAAAUUGUUAGAAAAGAUUCUCGAUCUAGCAAUGCUGCCAAUCAGGGAUUUGCUAGAUUAGAAAUGCAUGAAUAUUUGGUAUUUGCCUUACUAUCUUCCUGAAUGCAGGUCUUUUAUAGUCAUUCCAAAGCAGCUCGGUGUGUGGAAACCUUUUUUCAUACAGUCUACUGUCCCCUAUGGCUGUUGGUCACUGUAGCAAUGUUGAGCCAAGUAUAUCACAAAAUAUAUUCGAUGAAGAGAUUCAGAUAGCAAAUGGAAACACAACUGUCAAUUCACCAUUGCAGCCUUCUAUUGAAGAGCAUACUCCAGCAGAAGAAUUGUUUUGUUAUGAGAAACAUACAGGCUCUGAAACACUAGAUAAAGGUUACCUGGAGUAUGGGUGUUCUCAUUAUCGUCGAAGGUGCCGAAUCAGAGCUCCAUGUUGCAAAGAGAUAUUUGAUUGCCAUCACUGUCAUAAUGAGGCAAAGAAUGAUAUUUCAACUGAUCAAAAGCUCAGGCACGAUGUCCCUCGCCACUUAAUUGAGAAGGUUAUAUGCUCUUUCUGUGACACUGAACAAGAGGUUCGACAAGUCUGCUUCAAUUGCGGUAUAUGCAUGGGGAAGUACUACUGUGGCGUCUGCAAGCUUUUUGAUGAUGAUAUAUCUAAGGAGCAGUAUCACUGCAAUGGUUGUGGCAUUUGCAGGAUCGGGGGCUCCAAGAAUUUCUUUCACUGCAACAAAUGUGGAUGCUGCUUUUCAUCUGUCUUGAAAAACAGCCAUCCAUGUGUGGAGAGAGCAAUGCACCAAGACUGCCCUGUUUGCUUUGAGUAUCUGUUUGAGUCAAGAAAUGAUGUUGUUGCAUUGGCGUGUGGGCACACUAUCCACAAGAUGUGCUUGGAAGAGAUGCAGGAGCACCAUCGGUAUUCUUGCCCAAUAUGUUCCAAGUCAGUAUGCGAUAUGUCGAAAGUGUGGGAGAAGUUUGAUCUGGAAAUCGCAGCCACGCCGAUGCCACCAUCCCUCGAAAACAAGACGGUAUCUCUCUCUCCAAAUUUGCAUAAACAUGUCCUCAAAUCCACAGAUGAUACUCUUUAUAUGAUUUGGCAGGUUUGGAUUCUUUGCAACGACUGUGGAAGCAAGUCGGAAGUUAAAUACCACGUAAUUGCACAGAAAUGUGUGGAGUGUAAGUCCUACAAUACCCGUCAAACACGAUAAUAUAUGACUCUAUAUCUUAGGCGUGCAUGCAUGGAUCCUAUAGCAGUAAUUAAAUUAUAGAAACUUUUGUUAUUGUUUUUGUUUACGGGGGACGGUUAGGUUACUUAAUUGGAAAAAAUAGCAUUCAAAUCAGCACCCGUAAUAUAUACAAACAGCACACGGUCUUAUUAUAUACAAUACAUGCUGUGUAUAAUAAUGACAUAUUAUGUUGUUUCAUAAUUAUAGCGUGUUGUAUAACAGUAUGUAGUGUGCUGAAAUCAAUUAAUAUUUGUGUUCUACAAGGCUAUAGUAUAUGCUGUCAGUUCAUGUGUUGUAUUUGUGUUGUUGGUUCAUAAUUACAAGUGUGCUACUGUAUAACAGUGUGCUGAAAUCAAGUAUUGAUUAUGUGAUGUUAGUUCAUGUGUUGUAUUUAUAUUAUAUGAAUGCAGAUGGUGUGCUGCCGGUAGUAACACUGUGUGCUGUCAGACAGCACACCAUGUACUGCAGUGUGUUGUCAGCGCAAUGGUGAAUUUUAAAAUUCUGUACUGUAGCAUCCGCAUUUUAUUUACAAUUAUAUACAUAUACUAUCUCCGUCUAGUUCUAAGAGUUUUAGUGUUAAAUACAAUGACGUAAAAUGUAAAUGUAAUCCUCAGAGACGAACGAAAAUAGUAUUAUAUAUGAUAUCAGCAUCACGU